AUGUCUCCGCCUGCCGCCAUGAAGCCGCCGGGUCAGACCCUGUGGCUGGCAGCCAGGUGCAUGCUGGGAGCCUGGCUCGCUGCCGCUGCUGGGAUGGAGAGGAGGGAACGGAAGGUGCAGUGGAGCUCAGCAGGCUGGGGGCAGGAGCAGGGCCGGGGGCAGGGCUCUGGAGCAACAUCGGCCACCAUCAUCAUCAUCAUCAGCAGCAGCAGCAGCAGCACAGUGGGGAGGAUGCAUACGACCGGACGCUCCAUCUUCAGUCAGUCACAGCAGCUGCCCGUGGAGUUCAACAGCAUUAACAAGAUUACAGACAAAUCCCUGAGUGGUCUGAGGAAGCUGGAGCUUCUGAUGAUCCACGGGAACGACAUCCACACCCUGCCUCAUGGAGCGUUCAGGGACCUUACUUCUCUACAGAUGUUGAAGAUGAGCUACAACAAGCUUAAGGAGAUCAACAGACACACCCUUCAGGGUCUGUGGUCCUUGGCCAGGUUGCACCUGGACCACAACCGCCUGGAGUUUAUCCCCCCUGACGCCUUCCACGGCCUCACCUCGCUGCGCCUGCUGCAGCUGGAAGGCAACCGGCUUCAGCAACUGCACCCAGACUCCUUCACCACCUUCACUCUGAUGGGACACUUCCACGUGUCCACGCUGAGACACCUUUAUCUGUCGGACAACGGGCUGACAUCGCUGCCCUCCCGGAUGCUUGUGGCCAUGCCUCAGCUGGAGAACCUGUACCUCCACGGAAACCCGUGGACAUGCGACUGCAACAUGCGGUGGCUCCGUGUAUGGUAUAAAAGCUCGCCAGGUGUCUUGAAAUGUAAGAAGGAUAGGGCCCUUCCUGGUGGUCAGUUGUGUCCCAUGUGCUCCUCUCCCAGGCACCUCCGGGGUAAAGAUCUCCUGGUUGUGGAGAACCUGGUCUGCAGCAGCCCCAUCAUCAGCUCCCUUCACCGGACUUCCCCCGCCGAUGAUGUUGGCAGUGAAGUUAUGACCAGGGAGGACUUUAGGGAACCAUUUGGAAACGUCUCUCUAGGCCUGUCAGACGAGCAUGGGAAUCAAGUGGACUUGGAGUGUGGCAUUGGCGAUCCAAGAGAGUUUACCAGGAUCAACUGGGAGCAACUCAACAAACUUCAGUUGGCCUCCAACAUCACUUUGUCAGUUGAUCUAGAAUGCCCUGUUGAUAGAGAAAGGUAUGAGCAACUGUGGAGGUUGAUUGCAUACUACAGCAAUGUGCCAGCCCACCUACGAAGGGGUAUGAUGCUCAGAAAAGACCCUCAUCCAACAUAUGUGUACAAACAGGACUCUGAGAAGGAUGCCCAGUAUUACACAGGUGUUAAAGUUAAUAUCAUGACCCAGACAGCAUGGCUGAUGCAGACAUCUGCAGACCUUCAACUGAACAGACUUCAAUCGUCAGCCAAGAUAGUAAAACUGACCCUGACCACGGAUUUUUCAGAGACAGUGGAGGCGGAGCUGGUGCAGAGACAGAGCAGGACGUGGGUCAUGAUCGAGUCAACAAACACGACUCGGAAAGUGUUGACUGCUAUCCUGGGAAGUGCGAGUCAGAUGUACUGUAACGUGCACAGUUCUGGCCAACCGGUGAUCAACUGGAUGCUGCCAGAUGGCUCAAAGGCGGAGGCCCCGUACAGCAGUCCAGACAAGAGGGUGGCUGUGUCCAGCGAUGGACGGCUUGACAUUAAAGCUGUCAGCCACACAGAUGCUGGAAUUUACUACUGCAUUGCUAAGGUUCAUGGAGACCUUGCUGUGAUGCCUUUCCAUCUGUCGGUGCAGGAAUCCUCCAGCCCUCCCCCUGGAGAGGAUGCCUCAAUUACACCUAUUGCAGUAUUUAUAGGCCACCCUGUUUCCUUGCCUUGCACGGCAUCUGGUUCUCCUGAUGCUGACAUUAACUGGAUUCUACCCAACCGCAACAUUGUUAGUUUCCAAGCCAACUCCUCCAGAGCUUUGGUGGAUUCCAACGGCACUCUACAUAUCCCAAAAACUCAGUUAAUGGACAGCGGGUAUUAUAAAUGCAUUGCAGUUAAUCAACAUGGCGUGGAUACGCUGGCUACAAAAAUCACUUUCAUGCAGCGUAAAGGGACAAUUAGGCCUUUGGAGAGGUUUCCUGCUGUGCCUCAGUCGGCUUCAGGUGUGAACACUCAGAUUAAAGUCUCCACAGAGAAUUCAGAGGAUGCUUCAGGGGACAUUGAAGUUACCCAGUUGGGGGCUCCUUUGAAUCGCUUUGAUCCUUUGAGAAGGAGAGUUCCUGGGGGUUUGGCUCCUGGAAGGAGAGGCGUUUAUCCAUCAAGAACUUUGCGAAGGAGACCCCCAGUGCUGGGAAAAUCAACAGCAUCACGUGUCGAAGACAGAAGGAAGAUUAGCAUGCCAAAAACUAAAAUAGACCCAGAGAAAUGGGCUGACAUUUUGGCUAAGAUUAGAGAUCGAAAUGCUGAUCGAAAUACUGUGACACCCCUCCCAGGUCAGUAUACAGCAGAGAGGAAACUGACAGAGCAGACUACAGCGUUGCAAGAUACUUUUGAGGGGUCAUCCGAUGGCACGUCUGAUUUCACAACACCGCACACUCCAACACAAUAUACACAAAUGAAAACGGAUAAACACAUCACAACCAAAGACUUGAGUUGGUAUCCAGACACAACUUCAAACAGAGUGUUUUUCCUUCCACAGCUGACCACAUCUGUUCCCCUACAUGCUGUCACUUUCUGGCAGGCUAACGCAAACACUGCAAGCAGCACCGGUACAUUCUCUCUGCAAGAGCACCAUAGCACAACUGCAGAUGUUGACAGAGACAAAACAGCUGAUCGCUCUAAGGCCUUGCAGAGUAGUGGGAAUACGGAGAGACUGAAUGUUCUUGCCAGCUCUAAUAAUGACCAAGAACUCUCUUUAAGGGGAAGUGAAAUUAUACCUGCAGUCAACCCAAAUGAAUUGGAAACAAACCAAGAGGAAAAUGGAAAAUAUGAGGACACACUUAAUGGUUUGCAAUCACCAGAAAUGCUCACAACAGUUUCUCCAAUAACUACAAAUGUAUUUACUACUACAAAAACGAUUGGGUCUGAAAAACAAUCGCCCCCGCGCCUACGACAAACUAACUCCAAGAGAAGAAAUGGGGGUCGCCGGAGAAGGCCAAACAAAAGGAAACAAAAGCUGAAUAAACCCACACAGUUAAUAGGCACCACGCGUGCAAAUGCACCAAGGACUACUGCCUCCACUCAGCUAAAAAUAAAUUCAUUAGGAGUUACAACAGCCAAUUUAAAUACCAGUGUUCCAUUCAGAGGCAGCCAGGCGACGUCAUCAGGCAGACUGAGUCAGGAAGAAAGCCCAGUCUCAGGGCAGGACGACGAGGCAGGCACCAAACUCUUUUCACUGCCCCCUGAAACAAAUGAAAGCCAUCUACCCUUGGCCAAACCGCUAGUCAAAAGCACAUCACCAGCAUCAUCAUUUCCAAACGCCUCUCCAGAAAUGGGUCAGGGAAAGACAAGUUCUCAAACAGCCUUGAGAAUCUCAGAGAGUUUGUCUGCUUCAGAGCGCUCGGAUGUGUUCACAACAAUCACUCAUUGGAGGUUUAUGGGCAGCCCUCCUCCACCUGUUAAACCCUUAGAGGAAACACAAAGGGUAAGCUUUAAAGAAGACCUUGGACCUACACCACGCUCUAGCAACUCCUCGGGGGGUUUUCAAGCUGUAAUGCGAAUUCAAACAGAUGUCAGGCAGAAUGAAUCCGACCAGCAACACGUACCCACGGAAAAAGGUGAACAAAUGCUUUUGAAAGAGACUGACGGGCAUCCUUCACUGCUACUGCCAACCCUGUCUGCCUCAGCUGCUUCCUUGAUGGAGCAUGAAAUCAGGACAACUUUGAAAUACACAUCAAGUGGCUUUAUCAAAACAUGGCUGAGCAUGCUUUUUGUGGGUGAUUCAGACACCGAUCAGAUUACCACAAAGAAAUCUACAAAACCUAAAAACUCCUAUCAUAGUUCAAGUAAAAAUAAAACCACAAGUAGUGAGUCAGAGUUAGAACCACAUCCUAAAGAAACUACAAACAUAGGAAGCAAUGUUGAUGACCUUUUUACAAGUACCGUAAUUACAAAACCUCCCUAUACUACUUCCUCGAGGCCUGAUGCUGUGAUCCCAUCUACAGUGGGACCACAUGGAACGCUACCCAAAACAUUGUCAACAGGAGCAGAAAUGGGCCCUUCAUUGAGGGCCACAACUGAGAAGGCUCCCAGCAUCAUUGUCAUUCCCAACAACCAAAACAUGCAACACAUCAUCAAAUCAGACUUCUAUCCUACAACUCAGCCAACUGACCCCAAACUGGCUCUAUUCAUGAGUACAAAUCCAACUUCCCCAGCCCUAAUUUUGACCAGCGGGCAGACAAUCAAGCAGACGGCCACCCCUCUACCAACAAUUUCUGCAAUCCCAACUGAUCCAUUCAGAGAGGGACUUUUAACAAGCACUCAAGAUGUGUCCAAAAAGCAACAGCUGCCUGGACAAGGAUAUAUUCCAAGAGGGAAGCCAAGGAUCACUAAUAGCAAUUUCCAGACUUUGACUGUGGAAGCUGAAACAGAUGCUCAGCUUCCCUGUGGGGCUGAGGGUGUGCCAAUGCCCUUCCUGUCAUGGACUAAAGUUGCAAGUGGUGCAAGUAUUGCUCAGAACACCAGGAUCCAGAGGUUCGAAGUCCAUCCAAAUGGUACGUUAAUCAUUAGGAAUACACAGCCCACAGAUGGAGGGCAGUACCUUUGCAUGGUCCAGAACCAGUAUGGCACAGACAAGAUGGUGGUCAACCUUGUGAUUUUUGCUCAGCUUCCGCGGAUCCUCCAGCCUCAGCACAGGGACAUAACUGUGCACCUCGGUGGCAAAGUUGAUUUGGAGUGUAACGCGGAGGGUCACCCUACACCUCGAGUCACGUGGACGCUCCCAAACCAUGUCCACGUGGCUGCAGAUGGCAUUGCCACUCAACAAAAUGUUGCCGUCUUCAGUAACGGGACCCUCCGGAUAAACCAGGCUGCUUAUGGAGACCAAGGGAUUUAUAAGUGCAGUGGGAGCAGCACAGCUGGAGUCGACACGGUCUCGGUGCGACUAUACGUGUCUGCGUUGCGGCCUGUGAUUCAGCAGAUGCGACACGAGAACACAACUCUUCUAGAGGGAGCCAACGCCUACAUCCAUUGCUCGGCCAAAGGUAGUGCACAGCCACAUAUACGCUGGAUCACACCCGACGGCUUUCAGCUCAUCGCUUCCCAAUUUGUCAACGCACGCAAGCUUGGUGUCUUCCUUAACGGGACGCUGUACAUACAGGGUUUGGGCCCAGGAAAUGCGGGGCGAUACGAGUGCUUGGCGAGUAGCGCGGUGGCUUCCAGCACAAGAACGGUAUUCCUGAGCAUAAGGAGGAAUCCGUCCUCUGCCAAGGCCCAUAUCACCUCUUCGUCCCCCCAGAGAACCCAUGUGAUCUACGGGGGGAGGGUGCUGCUCAACUGUGUGGCAGCAGGAGGCCCAGAGCCCCGGAUCAUCUGGAGGACGCCGUCAAAGAAGCUGGUUGAUGCUCAGUACAGUUUUGACCCCAGGAUCAAGGUGUUCCCUAAUGGCACUAUAACUGUUGACUCUGUGACCGAAAAGGACGGCGGUGACUACCUUUGUGUGGCACGAAACAAGAUGGGCGAUGAUUACGUUCAGCUGCGGGUUGACGUGCUAACCAGGCCGGCCAAGAUUGAACAGAAGCAGCAGAGAUCCAGUCAGGAGGUGGUGUACGGCGGAGACCUGAAGGUGGACUGCGUGGCAUCUGGUCUUCCCAACCCUGAAAUCAGCUGGGCACUGCCCGAUGGCACCAUGCUCAACCCGGUCAAACAAAGAGAGAGUCUCAUCGGGGGGAACACUCGCAGGUAUGUGGUGUUUGACAAUGGGACGCUGUACUUUAACCAUGUCGGCACGCCUGAAGAAGGCGAUUACACCUGCUACGCCGAGAACCAACUCGGCAAAGAUGAGAUGAAGGUUAGAGUCAAGGUAAAGGUUGCAACUUCCCCGCCAAAAAUCCAGGAUAAGGACCAAAAGAUCAUCAGGGUUUUUUAUGGAGAGACCGUUACACUGAAAUGUAACGCCAAAGGGGAACCAACGCCUGUCGUCACAUGGAUAUCCCCCACGAAUAGAGUUAUCGCCCCUGCAAUGGACAAAUACCAAGUCCUGGAUGACGGGACACUGGUGGUUCAAAAGGUUCAGCGUUCUGAUGACGGUAACUACACCUGCAUGUCCAGGAACAAUAUAGGACAAGACCAUAAAGUCAUCAGGUUGGAGGUUCUCGUAACCUCUCCAAUGAUUAACGGCUUAAAAGGAACUUUAAAUGCCAUCAAAGUGACUGCAGUUGCAGAUCAACGGACGUUUGUGGACUGCAUCGCAGAGGGAAUGCCCAUUCCUCGCAUCAUGUGGGUUCUACCAGGAAAUGUAAUCCUUCCGGCGCCGUAUUACAGCAACAGAAUGACAGUUCACCCAAAUGGUACUUUGGAAAUCCGGUUGUCCAAGAGGACGGACUCGGGACAGCUGGCUUGUAUUGCUCGCAACGAAGGAGGGGAGGUUAAAUUGAUAGUCAACUUAAUUAUAAAGGAAACUGUUGAAAGUGCACAAAUCAGAGGUACUAACACAGAUAAUCUAUCGUUGACUGUGGGGAAUUCCGUGACUUUGAAUUGCUCCUUUGAGGGCUCGACGCUUCCUCACGUCACUUGGAUUUUACCCAAUGGCACGCCUUUGCAUAGCGGUGCCCACUUCUCAAAGGUUUUCCACCGGCCAAACGACGGCUCUUUGAUCAUCACCAACCCUUCAGUUGAAGAAGCCGGUAUGUACCGCUGUCUGGGGCAUAACUCUCGAGGGCUUGUGGAGCGUACAUUCACAUUGUCCCCGGGGAAAAAGCCAGAGAUUAUCAACCGUUACAACUCUCCGGUAAGUGUCAUAAACGGCGAAGGACUUUUUCUUCAUUGUCUGACCAAUGCCAAACCUUUUAGACUGACAUGGACGCUUCCAAGCGGGGUUGUCCUCAACAUGCCGCAGAGAUCUGGACGGUAUGCCGUGCUACCUAAUGGGACACUUUCCAUCCAUCAAGCAUCAGUCUAUGAUCGGGGUUUGUACAGUUGUCGAGCGGCAAACGAAUACGGCAGCUCUCAGCUUUCUGUGUCAGUAAUUGUGAUGGCAUACCCGCCUCAAAUAACAAACGGGCCUCGCUCUGUGACUUACGCCAAACAUGGAGUAGCUGUUCAGUUGAACUGCGUAGCAACUGGCAUCCCUAGAGUUGAGGUAGCAUGGGAAACACCUGAUAAAACCCGCUUGGCUGUCAGUGCACAGCCACGCCUUUUUGGGAACAAGUAUCUACAUCCACAAGGUUCCCUCGUCAUUCAGAACCCGACGCAAAGAGACGCUGGUGUCUAUCGAUGCACAGCCAGGAAUGCCAUAGGCAAAGACUCAAAAGCUACAAUCCUCAAUGUGUUCUGAAGAUUUUCCCUACUCAUAAUGCAUUGUUGGCAUACUGUAUGUUCAAGGAAAAAGCAGCUAAUCUUUGUAAUGAUCAACAUGUUGUAAGAACUGCUGUCACGGUGAUGAAAUAAUGAGCCGAUGAAAGCCUGCCGUGGCGCUAUGAUUGUGUGUUAUAUAGAGACAAAACAUUGAUCGGAUUUGGUGAGCCGUAGCUUACCAUUUCCACCAUUUUGUGUUUAAUCCACAUCACUGGGAAUUAUCAAUAUGCCACCCAUUUUGAGCAUUUAGUAAAGCUGCAAGGAUAAAUGCAUAUGUAAAUAUGCAUAUAAAAUAUAUUAAAAUGUUGGAGACAUCCAUAGAUAGAUAUCAGAAAGAACCACCAGUUUUAGAACAUUUGUAGUAAUGGCGCUGUGGCUCAGCAUUAAAGUAAGUUUUCUCAGCGUUGUUGGUGUCUUUUUAGUUACAUAUUUCAGUUUGUUGAUCCAAAAUGAUCUUAAUCUAAUAAUUUAAAAUGAGAUACGAUUUUCUUGGGCAAGAAGCGCUGACAACAGCUGCAUACAAACAUAUGUAUUAGUAUCAUACAGUUUGUCACAAAAUACACAGUUUACACAGUAUAGCAGUGUUAAAAACAAAUUACGUUAAAAGGUGCCAAGCACCCCUAAAACUCAGGUUUUGGGAUGGGGUUUUUCUGAUGAUAAAAGUACUGAUUACGUGGAGUCAUGUGGGUU